AUGCGUAUUUUGAAGAAAAAUCAAACCAAUCCCAAAGGUCUUCUAACUGUGGCGGAACUUAGAGAUGCCGAAUACGACGUAAUCCGCCGAAUACAGCAGGAGACGUUCCCUGAAGAUUGGAAGCGCCUUGUCGAAGGAAAGGAGGCUCACCGAUGUUCGCCCCUAAGAUGGUUUGUUCCUCGAAUUCCUUCGGAGAACUUAAUACGAGUUGGCGGCCGAUUGGAGAAAUCGGAGGAGUCAGAAGAUACCAAACACCCAAAAGUUUUACCAGCGAAACACCCUUUUACAAUUAUGUUGUACGAGCACUAUCAUCAGAAGUUGAUGCACGCAGGAUCACAGUUGUUGAUUAGUUCCGUUCGUUUGAAGUAUUGGCACUUGGAGGUCGGAAUGUUCCUCGGCAGAUUAUACACAACUGUAAACAGUGUUUCCGCUCCAAGCCUAGUCCUAUCCAGCAGUUCAUGGGUGAACUACCGUUGGCUCGUGUCACGAGAUCCAGACCUUUUUCCAAGACCGAAGUGGACUACUUCGGACCAGUAUAUUCAACAUCAGGAGAAGGUAUCAAGGGAGUGCGUUAACAAUCAAAUUCAAUGGCAUUUCAUUCCACCGGCUGCCCAUCAUUUUGGAGGACUUUGGGAAGCUUCGGUCAGAUCGGCCAAGAAGCAUCUGCUGAAGGUUUUCGGAGAAAACGCUGUUCCUUUUGAAGAUUUUACCACGUUUCUAGUGCAAGUGGAAAACUGUUUGAACUCGAGACCAAUCACUGCGUUGACUGAUGACCCAAGUAACCUCCAACCACUAACGCCUGGUCAUUUUUUGGUUGGGGAAGCAUUGCAACAACUACCGGAAAGGGACUAUAAGGAGGUACCGAUGAAUCGGCUAAAUCAGAGCCAAGUGCUGCAGAAAAAGCUUGAGCAUUUUUGGGACAGAUGGAGAGUAGAGUAUUUCACACAGCAGCAAGGACGUUAA